CGUCCUUUGGGCUACUAUUGGCUGUUCUGCAGCCAAACCCUAGGCCCAGAGCAGCUGUUUCCUGAAUUUCUACUUUUAAGAAUUCUCCUUCUCGCUUCCCUUUUCCAGCACAGUAUGCCCUCCUCUUCCGCCUUGAUUAUUUCAGAAAUGGAAAUGCAGCAGACAUUUGUUGAGUGGCACAGGGAGGUGGACACUCGGAGUCAAGAGCCUUAGAUUCUCGUCCUGGCUCUGCCUCUGUCUGUGGUCGCAGGCGCGGCCCUUGUCUCCUUGGUGCUUUAGCUGCGCUUUGAGUAAAGAUGGGUAAGUGCCUUCUGACGGGCAGGCUCCAGUCCAGUUUUCCCUUCCUGUCCUCCAGCAGGUUUCCCGUGGAGGCCCAGACCCCUCUGCUCCCCAUGGGCAGCUGUCAGGCAGGGCACAACCUGCAUCUCUGUCUGGCCCACCACCCACCUCUGGUCUGUGCCACUUUGAUCCUGCUGCUGCUUGGCCUUUCUGGCCUGGGCCUCGGUGGCUUCCUCCUCACUCACAGGACUGGCCUGCGCAGCCCUGACAUCCCUCAGGACUGGGUCUCCUUCUUGAGGUCUUUUGGCCAGUUGACCCUGUGCCCUACGACCGCGACAGUCACAGGGACGUGGCAUGGGUCCCACGUUGUGGGCUUGCUGACCACCUUGAACUUCGGAGAUGGUCUGGACAGGAACAAGACCCAGACAUUUCAAGCCACGGUCCAGGGUAGUCAGAUGGGAUUGAAAGGGUCUUCUGCAGGAGAGCUGGUCCUCAUCACAGCCAGGGUGGCCACAGAAAGGACCUGCCUGUAUUUUAGUGCUGCCCCAGGACUCCUGCCCUCCAGCCAGCCACCCAUCUCCUGCUCAGAGGAAGGAGUAGGAAAUGCCACCCUGAGCCCUAGGAUGGGUGAGCACUGUGUUGGGGUCUGGAGCCAGGAAGGCCUUGUGCUCACCAAACUGCUCACCUCGGAGGAGCUGGCUCUGUGUGGCUCCAGGCUGCUUGUGUUGGGCUCCUUCCUGCUUCUCUUCUGUGGCCUUCUUUGCCUUUUGACUGCUGUGUGUUUCCAGCCUCGGCGGGAGUCCUACUGGUCUAGAACCCGGCUCUGAGAGCACGGUCUGGUUCCUGUCUUGUUCUCAGGUGUGAAUCAACUUCUUGGGCCUUGGCUCUGAGUUGGAAGAGAUAUUACGGAAAGUGGAGAGCAAAAAUGUGGGGGGAAAUAAAAUGAUUUUUUUUAUUUUUA